UUCAGGAAAUGAUUGGAGAAGUUUAAAAAAUGAAAUGGAUUCAUCAUUGCACCUUUUGGGAAAAACUGUUACACAAAUUGUUGUAUCGAAUAGCAUAAGACCAGAAUAUAAACAAUUGGCAAAAAGAAAAAUUAAUAUAUCUGUACUAAGUGCUAGGUUCAACUUAUCUGAUCAAAAGGUUAAUUCCAUUUUAGAUUUCAUUGAAAAUACACCAAUACCUAUAAACCAUGUUUCUUCAGCAACAUUAAAAAAACAUUUUAGCGAUGAUGAUGAAGUUUAYGCAUUAGAUAUGAUAAAUUUGCAUCAAAAGAUAGAAGAAUUACAAGAAUUGAAAUCCACAUUGGCAUUGUAUCAACAAUUUAAGGGCAUUAGUACCAGAUCAACUGAGGAAAGAGCCGAAGUAAAAAAAGCAUUUAAGGCUGUAGAUAAAAGAAGCAUCGUGUCAUCAGAAAUUAGUGAUGAGGAAUUUGCUGAACUGURGGCGCGUACAGUCGAUUUACCAGGUUUUGAUGACAAUGUGUCACCAAAUAAUUCUAUAACAUCUCUUUUUAGAUGUGUUAUUGGAGAAAAAAUUCUUUUUUGA